GGCUCCAGCUGAGCGGCUUCGUGACAGAGCCAGGAUGCACGAGGCUGCUCAAGCAGGUGCACUCGCAGAUGUGCCACAGCCCCGCGCGAGGACGCCCUCGCCGCUGCGGGCAGUGGGACACAGCAAAGCUCCAGCGCCUGCACGAGACUUUGAUGUGACUCCUGACACAACCGAUGUGAUUUAUGCCGAGGAUGAGGAGGUGUUCCGUGAGACGGCGGUUCGUGAGCUGCUGAAAGUGGGUUUUCUGAGGCAGAAUAUCCACGAGGCUGACACAGGACUUGGUGCGCUGGAACACCUUGCCCAGAUGCAGAAUGAAGGCCACAUCACAAAGCCGCUUCUGGUGCUGCUGGACGUGCGCAUGCCCGGCAUGGACGGGCGGGAGUGCGCGCUACAGAUCCAGGAGCUCGUUAAGCAGCAGCUGCUUCGCAGAGAGCCCUAUGUGGUUUGCAUCUCCUCCAUCGCAAGACAGGUUGAGAUGGAUGAGGGAGGAGGGAACUUUCAAAUUGUUUUGCCGAAGCCCAUCACCGCCCAGUACAUCGAAGAUGCAUUUGAACACCUUAGACAGUGGUGGACCUUAGGCUAUGGGCGGCAGUUGCCGGCUUGGAAGAACUUCCGAGCUGAGGAGAUCGAUCUUCUUGCAGCUGAUGAUGAGCCCGUGUGCCGGAUGUCCUCGCAGAUGGCCUUCACCCAAGCAGGGGUCCAGUCCGAGGCCGUGAUCGAGGUUGACAGCGAGGAGGAGCUCAUGGAGCAGCUUGCCGAGCUGCAGGCUGGUGAUGCCUCGCGGCCGCUCAUCCUCCUCCUGGGCAACGAGGUCUGGGCCCACUCCGUGCAGGAGUGGGUGGAGGAGCAACGCUCGGCUCAGGCCUUGAAGCGAGCUCCUUUUUUGAUAUGUACUUCAGUUGACAGUGAGCGGAUUGGCGCCAGCACCUCCAAUGAGCUCUUCCACGCUUUUCUGCCCAGAACAUUUACUCAGAAGGAUGUCCAGUGGAGCCUCCAGUAUUGCAGGCUUUGGUGGCUAACUCGCGCAGUCAUGCCUUACAAGAAGCCAUCUCAAGAGGACCAGUGGGACGAUGAACCCAGUGAUGCUGAGGAGCUUUCCGACGAGGAGUCAGACGAGAAUUGAGGAGGGAAUUGGGCAUCUCUUGUUCUAGGAUCUCCACUGGCUGGGACCAACGAAUUGUUUUUCAAGGCCGCUCGAGCGGGGGCUGACAGUGCAAUUCUCCCAACGCUUCCACUUGCUGUUGGCCUCUUUUCCUUCCUGC